GUUUGCCCUUAGUUUAUCACGUGAUAUUUUUAUUUUUAUUUUGACAAUUCGUCCGUCAACACUAAAAAGAUCUUUUUAAAAGGACUGUUGUUUGUGGAUGUUACUCUGAAGCAAUGGUUGUUACAAGCCAGCUGUUUGACUCUUUCAAGAAGGCUCUCGUCGUAGUCGGCUCGGCUCUUCUCGUCUUUAUCGCUGCAAGAAAUUCUAUCACAUGGCAUGCACAGCGGUUUUGGGGAGCUUCAGGGAGCUUUUGGCAAGCUCAGUGGGAGAAUAUCUACGCGUUAUUUGGAAAGGAUGACAUGGCCAUUGGAAUUUGGGGUACAUUUAUUGUGACAAACCUUGUCUUCUGGCUGUUCAAUAUCUUACUGAUGGUGCUGGAUUUGACUGGAUGGCCGGCAAUUCUCAAAUGCUACAAAAUACAACCAGACAAAAACAACCCUUUAAGCAAAGCCGACCUGCUGCGUGUAGUGUACCGGGUCUCAUUCAACAGUUUGUGUCUGAGUCUACCUCUGAUGGUGAUCAUGUACUGGAUGUACAAACUGCGGGGCUGUGAGUUCGGCGGUGAGCUGCCCACCUUCCACUGGGUGCUGCUGGAACUCACUAUCUUCACCAUGGUCGAGGAGGUCGCUUUCUACUACUCACACAGACUGUUCCACCAUCCGAAGCUGUACAAGCACAUCCACAAGAUCCACCACGAGUAUACUGCUCCAUUUGGCCUGGUGUCGGUGUACGCCCACCCCAUAGAGCACGUGAUUGCCAACCUGGUCCCACCCAUGCUGGGACCCUUGAUCAUGGGCUCCCACCUGGCCACCGCGUGGAUGUGGUUUAGUCUCGCCCUCAUGUCCACCACCGUGUCACACUGUGGAUACCAUUUCCCAUUUCUGCCUUCCCCUGAGGCACACGACUUCCACCAUCACAAGUUCAACCAGAACUAUGGAGUGCUUGGAGUCCUCGACCGCCUGCAUGGCACCGACAAUCAGUUCCGUAAUUCCCACGCCUACCAGCGACACUUCCUGCUCCUCAGCCUUAGUCCCGCACAGCAGCAGUACCCAGACUCGCCAAAGAAGAAGUCCACAUAAUGACAUGCGGCGGCCUGUGUGUGGGGAUACGUGGUGUGCCACAUCUAACAGAUAUAUUCUAGCUUUAGUAGUCUGACAGUGAGAAAUAACGUAACAGGUCUGAUUUUUAUUAACUUCAGAUUAACAAAAGUACACUGUAGUUAAUGGGUAGAUAGAUAUAUGUUUAUGGCAGACUGGGCAUUUUUCAAAUACAUAGUAUACAUACAUAACCAGGCAUAGGAAGGUGCCAAAAAAUUGGGGGGGGAGGGGGUCACACUUUUAUAUUUACACACUUUUACACUAUUAUAAAGCAAAUAUAAAACAAAAUAUCUGAAAAGUGUGGUGGGGGGGGGGGGCACAUGUCCCCCUUGCCCCCUCCCCGCUUCCUACACCAGUGGGUGUUACAUGUGCAUCAUGUCUUUGUUUGUUUUGGUACAUUUCUCUAAAGCAUGAUGCUAUAGAUUGGACAUAUUGACAUACGUGAUUCACUGAUACUUAUAUUUCUCUUAGAACUCUUAGACCUCCUGUUUCUGUUGUUAACACAUUCUGCCAGUUGUUUUACCCCACUGCCCAAGAAUUAAAAACACAAAAGAAAGAAAAGUGAAACAAGAUUGAAUGUGGCAAACACCUUAUUGUCAAGAGUUAAACCCAGUUUUGAUUUACAUUCCUUCUUUUCCUUUACCUUCUUUCUUUUUUCUAAAUGUUUACAUGGAUUUUGUUUUUUCAGUUUAAGAUAUCUCAUAUUCUACAUUUUCAUUUUCCUAUAAUUAAAUUUUUAUUAAUUCCACAAAAUUUGCUUGUCAGUAAAUAACAGAUAUUUCAUUGUUGAUUUGAUAAUAUCAAGAUAGACACGGCUGUGAUACAUGCUCCUAGGUGUUAGAUCUCCACUUGAAUGGUUUUCAUUUACUUAUGUUGUAGUGGGUUAUUGUAAAUUAUUUAAGGUCAGUUUAAAUGUAGACAAGUAAAAAAACCAAUUAGAAAUACAGAUAACUUUAUUUGUAAAGGACAGUACCUAAAGAAAUAAAAUAUUGCUAGAAUAUACGGUCCAAACGUAACAAACAAAGGAAAAUAAACAAGACAAAAUGGCUAAAGAAAAGCUGAAACCUAAAAAGUGACAUUGGUGAAACAAAAGUUAAAUAAAAAGUUGUACAGAAAGUAGUUAAGGAUUAAAGUUCAAAGGCCAUUAAAACAAUGAAGCUGAUAGCAAUUUUAAGCAGUGGAUAUAGUUAUGUGUGGCAAUGAGCGAGAAUUUACCCUUUACCCAUGUGUAGGAUAAUUUUGCUCUGGUAUUUAUUCAGUAUGAAAUAUCUGCUACCAGGGCUUAUAAAACUUUUUUUUAAAGUGUAGACUUAAAUCUUAAAUCAUAUCACACACAUUGAAUUUGUAAGGUUUUGCCAUGACGUUAAAGUCUUAGCAUUUUAUUAAAGACUUGAGUUUAGACUUCAAUUUUUUUUUUAUAAAACAUGUGGUAAAGGAUCAUGUUAAUGACAUUCAUAUCAGUCAACAUCAUCUGUUUGGUAUUGGGUCCAUUGUGAUAAGCUAAAGACUAAUAGACUCCCAUCAUAUGCAGUCAUGUGGGAUAGAAAAAGUACACCCAAGGUGGUGGAAAUUGCAACCCGGGACGAGUCUUUUAGUGAAGGUUUUAAUAACAAAAUAUUGAUCUAAAACUAACCAACUCGCAUUGAUAUGACGUCAUAUAUUACCAAUGCUGUAAUCAUGUUAGAUUCAAUGACGUCAUAACCUAUGCAAGACGGGUUUAUUCCGCAUGGGCUGACAUCAUGGAAUGGGUCUGUUUUGCAUGGCUAGGGAUGGGAGAAAAACAUGUUUCUCUGUUCUAGUAGCAGUUACUGAUGAAAUACCUGUAAUUGUUUUCAUCAUUUUGAACUAUUUUUAAUUAUUUAUUUAUUUCAAACGUUUAAUCUCUGCCUUAUUUUCGUAUUUGUGGCAUUGCUUUUAGAAGAGAAAUUUAGCUGAAGCUGAUACAGUUUUAAAUUGUUUAUAAAUGUUUAAAUUUGAUUGUAUUACAAAAUCUGUAGUGAAUACAAUACGCAAACAAUUUGUGAAUGUGUGUGGUUCUUGAUAAGCCAGUUCGCUUGAGUAUUUACUGUUCUCUGUCAACAUUGGACAUAUUAUUUUGUACCACAAAAGUAAAAAUUAUUGAAAUCUCUUUUUUUAAUGUUAUUUAAUAAAAGUUAUCGUUUAGAAAAAUGUACACCUACAAUGUUUUUGGUAUAAAGUAUUAAUCAUAUUUAAGUUCCUCAAAGCACAAUGUAUAUUUUACUCAACUGUCAGUAAAUCAGUUUGUCGGUCACAAAAUGUUAUCUGAUUUACAACAGUACUUAGACAACUUACAAGUUACAGAUUUAGUAGCAAACAGUUAAAAUAUUUCAUCAAUACAAUUUCUGUGAUUAUUCAUUGAGUAAAUUAUUAAACUCCAAAUAUUUUUUAAAUUUUUGUUUUAUUUUGGUCUGGUUAACAUACUUUCUUUAGUUUACUUCAUUUAACUUUUUACCAUUAUACGAUCAUGUAUUUGAGAAUCUUUCUUUGUUUAUAUUUUCUCUUAUGUUUACUUGAUUUAGCCAUUUAUUUGUCAGUAUGUUCAAUUUUGUUUAGCAUUUGUAUUAGUUAUGUCAUAUAGGCUCUGCAUAUUUGGUUAGCCCUUUAUCAAUAACUCAAUAACUCAAAGAUGUUAUAAAUACUAAUUUAAUAUUGACAUUUAAAAAAAUGAAACUCUUCCUUCCAUUAUCAGUAUAAUAUUACACUUUUUUUUACAUACAGCCUGUGCCAUGAGUAUGUUAUUUUGAAUUGUCCAUGUAUUGUGAUAUGAAGUCAAUCUGUUGAAAUCUCUCCUCCUGUGGUCUUACACCAUUAGGUCAGUGUCACUUCAACAUGCUUUUAAGCACAUCAAUGCAAUUUUUCUUCUUUUUUUUUUUUAUUAUUUUACAUAUACUAAUAUUUGUUUUGCCAUUUUAUAUUGUGAAAUGUUUUGGUUGUAAUGAUACUAUACAAUGUAUUUAUAUGAGUGUGUUUAUUCUAGUUUUCUUGAUAUAUGUAUAUGUAAGUCAAAUAUUUCUGUCUAUAAAGUCAUGUGAUGUUUAUUUUUAUCAUUAUAGUCAGUUACUGAUGAUUCCAUUUAAUAUUCAGAUGAUGUAAAAAAAACAAAAAAAAAAAAAAACAAUGUUAAAUAAGAAGUAUGACAUUUCAUGGACAGAAUUAUUUGUAGUGUUAAAUUAUGCAUAGGUGUUGCAAGUGGGGGUUUGCAGGGGGCACUGCUUCCCAUCUCUAAAGAUAAUGCAUCCUGCCCCCUGCCCCCUGCCCCCCAGUUGAAAAUCAAGUUAAUAUAUAGCUGAAGUUUUAUCAUUUUUCGACACCUAUGCUUUGUUUGUUUUUUGUUGUGGUUUCUUUUAAGGAUAUGUAAUUUUAGUGCAUGCAUUAUCACCUAGUGCCAGUUUGAUGGAAUCGGUAAUAAACUAAUUAGUGCUUUAAUUUUAUUCACACUUUCUGAAAAGGGUUUUGUUAAAGCCACUGAACGUGGUUUUGUAGGCAGUAUAAAAUAUCUUAAAGGCAUACUGUCACAGAUGUAAGGGCCUUAUUUCAUUAAAAGUGGAUAAUAAAUAAUAAUUACAUUAAUUUUUGAAAACCGAAACUGGUUAUUGCAUCAUCCUAACUGAACCAUGAUGGAGUGAAAUCCAUGUCAACCCUCUUGGCAAUGUUAGUUUUUUUUAAUUAUGGACUAUUGCCAUAAUUCAUUUAUUUUUACAAAAUAUCAUUAAUAAGUGGAGUAUAGUGGUUACGUUGAUGGUUGAAUAAAGUACAUUUAGGGACAAAUCAAAUUUAUAUUUUUUCAGGUAAUACUUUGUUAGGCCAUUUAAUAGGUAAGUGGCCUGUGACAAUAUGCUUUUAAGUUAUUAUAGCUUUUUUACCAUUAUCUUACACAUUAGUUAAAUCAAAAGUUUUAUCAAAUACAACUUGCUUCCUGGUGUCUGUGGUAGCUUGAAAUUGGGGUUUUUAUUGUAAACAAAAAAAGUAUAUACCUCGAAAACAAAGUUCAGCGGCUUUAAAAAUAAUAAUAAUAAAAAUAAAAAAUAGUAUUAAUAUCUGUAUGUAAUUAAUGGCUUAAUAUCAAAAUAAAACUGUAGGCUAGUUUGAAAUUGACAGCUUUGAAAUAUUGCUGGUGUUUUGUUUAUAUAUGAAGAGUGAUUCUGUCAGUUAAUUAGUCUUCUUUACACAGACACAAGUUUUGGGGAUAACUAAAUAUUUAAUCAUCAGAAAGGUUAAUUUCAUUAUGAUUUUAAUAAUGGCGAACCUUCAUUUGUUUCAUUCACUGUAUUAAUUUACCUGCAAGCUAAUUACGGUUUGCUAGAUUUUAACUUAAAUAUUUUGUUUUCAGAUAUUGUUUUGAUUUGUUUUGUUUUGUUUGAUAUUUGGGGUUAGUAGUUUUAUGUUUGGUUCUUUGUGCUAAAUUAACGUAAAGUGGAGAUGUUUAUCAUUGAUAUAUACUAACUCAACUUUAGCUUGCGAUGUACCAACUCUGUUACGAUAAAUUAUUUGUACACUUCUUAAAUUUGUACAACAUGUGAUCGAUUGGACUAUGUGAUUUGGAUGAUCCAUACAGCAACAUAGCAGUGCAUGAAUACAAUUGAAUGGUCCACGGGAAUAACCGAGGAUGUCCAAAAAGAUAGUCAAUAUUAUAAUGGUCGCGUAUGUCAAGGUCACAAUGACACAACUUAAAAUCCUAUAAUUAUGGUAGUCCAUUAAAAGCAGUUGGUAAAUUAUGCAUUUUUAGGUAUAAAUAUACGACGAUUGCAGAGUUGUAAAUGUUAAUAUAGGAAAAUACCACCAUGCUAAAAUGUGACAUCACAAGUUAUAUGUCAUUCUUCGAAAACAAUAAAUGCAUGCAAUUGCUUUGUUUGACUUAUGUCUUUCAAAAUAUCUCUGGCGAAUGUGGAGUAGUCUAUUUUGUUUUUAUGUUACACAAUUCUGGGAACAUAUUAGCAUAUUUAUGCAGAUUUAAAAGAAAUAAUGACUGAUACAUUAAUAGAUGUGUAUAUAUUUGCAAGGUAUCACAAAACUGAAGGAUUAGUAUUAUUGUAUUUUAAAUGAUUGUAAGAUCAUUACAUAGUUUUGUAUUGUUAUUCAAAUUGCAAAAUAUUUUUUGUCACAACAUAUUUUAGCUUUUGUUGUGAACGACGUAAGAAUAUUUCAAUUAUAACCAUUUUACUUUAUUGUAUGUUUAAGAAAUUCUGUGUUGGUCUUUCUUCGGUGAAAGCUAUAGGUAAUGGAAUGGUGAAAAUGCGGUAUGUAUCGCAAGAUAUGUCAGGCACGUGUAGCUGUUUAUAUUUAAUAUGCGUGAUGUUAUUAUAUGGAUCUAAAUGAAUGCUGGGGUGUUUUGUUAUUUCCUUUCACAUUGUACUAAUGUUAAAAUAUAAUGUACUUAAGAGGCUUAUGACGUUAGUAACAAAUUAAAUUGUAAUUUUACAGGAUACUAGACUUGAUAUGAACUUAAAUUCUGUUAUAAUUGCAUCUACUCUUAUGCAACAUAAAAGGUAAUUUGAAGUAGAUGUGGGGGUAGGGCUGAUUUCCAUGGGGAAGAAGAGCCAGAUACAUUUUGAAUGGUGUGAAACGUAGGGUAGGAUAGAGUAAACGUUUAAUUGCAAACAACACGCCCAUCUUUAGCACACGUUCUGACGUUCAUCAGCUCUCGUGUUCGGGCCGGAAGCGUGAAACCCACGUACAAAAUCAACCAUAAAGCAGGGUUCAUAUGGGUCAUAAAAGUCCUGGAAUUUUGAUUUCGGUUAUGGAAAAUUAAAAUUAGUUAAUAAUUACUCAUACCCACCCUCUAUCCACAUGCAGUAACACGAAUAAAUUUGCAUUUCGCGUCAAAACACUGUAAUAGUAUUAGAUUAUAUUGAUGAUUACAAAUCCAGAGGCGGAUCUAGGGGGGCCAGGGGUAUUCGAUUAUAUUGAUGAUCACAAAUCCAGAGGCGGAUUUAGGGUGGGGGCAGGGGUAUUCGAUUUUAUUGAUGAUCACAAAUCCAGAGGCGGAUCUAGGGGGGUCAGGGGUAUUCGAUUAUAUUGAUGAUCACAAAUCCAGAGGCGGAUUUAGGAGGGGCCAGGGGUAUUCGAUUAUAUUGAUGAUCACAAACCCAGAGGUGGAUCUAGGGGGACAGGGGCCUGGGCCCCCCCUAAAUGUUUCAAUAGUUAUAAUUUUAUUAUAUAUUAAUUUUCAUUAUUUUACGACCUCCCCCAAAGUUCCCUUGGCAUUCCACCUCACGACACUGGGGCACCCUAAUGGAUUUUCUGGAUCCGCCACUGAAACCUUUAAAAUUCUUAAAAAGAGAUAAUGGAAGACGACAUUAAAACUCUUGGUAUUUGGUUGACAACAAAGAGUAUGAACCCUUUUAUAUGAGAGGAAGGAACCCAACCCUUCCAGCACCGUAUCCUGGCUUCCGCGAUUUGGUUUCAGCUACAGGAUGUCAGAAUGAUUUUUCUUUUCUUUGAUCCUUUUCCAGUUUAUUUUCCUUCGAUUUUGUGUGUGCGGAGUUGUUGCAUGCUUUGUUUCUCCAGUGUAAAGUGGUUGCAAUAGUUCAGAAAAUAAAAUGACUAAAAUGA